AGUUCUUAUUCUCAGAGCCGUGUGAACGGCGCUCGUAGAGGCUUGUGCGACUUGGACUCUGUGGCUGUGAUUUCUACCCCCCGCCCCUCUCCCCCAAGGCUCCCCAUCGCUGAAGGGAUGCAGAGGACACCGUGUCAGAGUGUGUGAAGAGGGUGUGUGCCUGGAUAACUUUGCCAGGGAGAAGAAGUCUGACAAAUCCCAGAGUGGUCUGUGUCGUCUCCUCACCCCUACCAAGGGGUCAUCCUGACCUCGGUCCCCCCCUCUUGCCCCCCUCCCACAAACCUGACCCAGUGAUCCCCCCAACCCCCCCACCUUGCCCCAAAGCAGACUGAAGACCCCUAAACAGUGCCAGGCUCAAUCACCACUCAAGUCCCCUGAGAUCACGCAGGUCGUACAUAAAGAUUCUCUUGGAAGUUGGGGAAAAAAAGGAGGGAUAUCAACAAAAACUUUUUUUUUCAGACUGAUCACUCAAAGGUCUUGAUACAUUUAAUAAACAACAAGAAAAUUGAAGGGCUGAUGCAAGUUCGCAAGUUUACAGUAUGCUUGACAGAAAGAAAGUGUUCUGAUGCCCACUAUAGAGGAUCUUUGUGACUCAAAUGUAGAACAACCCAAAACGACUUCAGCAAUGGAAGGCCCCUUCAUUUGAGAACUACAGCAUCUGACAUUUGACCUUUGAGAAACCCAAAGGAAGUAUAGUUGGACAAUGGAGCCACAUGAAUCCGCUUCUGGUCAAAAAUCCACCAAGGAGCCACGGGAGAAGCUACAAAGGAAGUGGGUCUCCGAGCCCUCAGCUGUCACAAAAAGAAGCACUUUCGCUGACCCGGAGGGAAAAAGGCACUCGCAUCGCGAAAGCCUGCAAAGUGGUGCCAGUGGCAGCAAUAUUACUGGCUCAGCACAAAGGUAUGGCUCUGGGAAGAUGCUAUCAACUGCAAUGGAUCAGCCGCAUCAAGACAGUCAAUACACACAGGCUUUCCCCCGUACUUACUCCUACCAGUUACCACAACAGUACCCACAGCAGCCCAUGCAAGAGCGCUUCCUGUCUGGAGCCAAGCCACAGCCUGGUCUGGAGGCCCAUGCCUGGCCUUUCGCUGGACAGCUCCCAUCCGACGACAUAUUCCCUGGACACCCCCGUGCCCAUGGAGUUUUCUCUCGUCAGAAAUCUCCCAGUUUACCCAGUUCUUUUGGCCAGUAUUCCAAAUCAGUGCCAGAGCUGCCAGAGGAGGGAUACAAGAAGGAGCAGAAACCCAAGAAGCCAGGAAAGUACAUCUGCCACUACUGUGGAAGGGCUUGUGCGAAACCCAGCGUGCUGAAGAAGCACAUUCGUUCACACACUGGGGAACGCCCCUACCCUUGUGUCCCCUGCGGGUUCUCCUUUAAAACCAAGAGUAAUUUGUACAAACACCGAAAAUCUCAUGCCCAUGCCAUCAAAGCAGGACUAGUCCCAUUCACCGAACUGGCAGCUUCACGCACAGACAUGGAUCAAGCGUCCUCAGUGGGAGAGACAGAUGUACACUCAGACGGUGAACAGAGCACGGACACCGAUGAGGAGACGGCAGAGGUCUCUAUGUUUAUGGACAAAGUCAGCCCCAUCCCCCAGAUAUCAUUUGAAAUGGACAAAAGCACAAUGGAGAAGGGUGGGGAGCCGGCAUAUGCUGACUCAGCUGAGGAACUAGCUAUGGCAUCCAUGAAAGUGCCUAUCCUAAUUGUCCCAAAACAAGGGAUCCCACCAACAGCAAUGGAGUGCCCCCCAUCCAUGGAACUCAAGGCUUCUCACAUCAGCUCCCAGGUGAGCCGCGUGGAUGACUCUCCUACUAUAAAACAGAGACUGGCUCUGAAACUGACAGAUAGGAAGGGAUCACAGGACUCAGACCAGCAGUCCCAGCAGUCCCUGAACCUUCUGAGUCCACACAGCAAAGGCAGCACAGAUUCUGGCUACUUCUCUCUUUCAGAGAGUGCGGAGCAACAGAUCAGCCCUCCCAACACAAACGCAAAGUCCUACGAGGAGAUCAUGUUUGGUCGGACUUGGUAUUACAAACCUAACUCUCCUAGAUCGAGACAAUCCAUUGCAGUAGGCAUGGCCACUGUUGGCCAAGAAACUAACCUAAUCAUGGGGAAGAUAUCUGAAGAUCAUAUAUUCUUCCGUAAUGAUAACAGUGAAGCGCAUCUACUAGCAGGUGUUGACCCUAAGCAGUAUCCCACAAGCCCUUGCCAAAGCAACACAGGUCUAUUAGAGGCUCCUGAUUCAGGGCCACUCAUUAGGAGUAACUCAAUGCCAACAUCCUCCCCGACCAACCUCAACGUCCCACCGGGGAUAAGAGUGAGCCACUCCUUCGACGAGAUGAUGACCUCUGAUGAUGUCUUCUACCCGGGUGCUGCCGGUCUUAGGAGGCUUAGGAGACAGGCAGCUUUUGAGCAUUCAGCACAUGAAGGGCAUGGCGAAUCUGAAACCUAUGGACACAUUCCCAAGAACACAGCCCCAUUUGUGGUUUUAAAGCUAGGGGAGCGUAGUCCUGUGGUGCCAGAGCAUACAGCAUACAGCCCUUAUGGUACUAAAGUGGGAAUGACAGAGAUUGCCACUCGUAAACGCAGGAAGGAAAAGAGUGUAGGGGACGAGGAGGAUGGCCCAGGCCAGUAUGACAGUAGUGGCUCAGUAGAUAUGGUUGGGGAUUAUGAUUCAAAACAAGGUAGUCAAGUAGGUUCAAGGGCAACACCUACUGGGAAAGGAUGCAUAGGAUCCAUGUACAAUGCACACAGCCAAUCAGACAGUUUUGAAACAUGCUGUAGUAGUAUGUGCUCAGAGGACGUAGUGCUAGUCCCAGACUCUGACAGAAAGGCAACUGGCAACGUGAUCUCUGUCAUUCAGCACACAAACUCACUCAGUAGGCCAAACUCCUUCGAGAAGUCAGAGUCCUUCGAGCAUCCAGCCUACCUGCAAGACAAAUCCUCUAGCCAAUAUUCAGAGCAGUCAGAUACAGAAAACACAGAAGAUGUGCAGAGCCCGGACUCUAUCCUGAGGUCUGAGAGCAUGGAGCAGCAGAGCGACAGUGAUUUAGCUUCACCCAACCAGCCCUGUCACAUACCCCCCAAACUGGUGCGGCAGCCUAACAUCCAAGUGCCUGAGAUCAGGGUGACGGAGGAGCCAGAUAAACCUGAGAAAGAGCCUGAUGUACCGACCAAGGAGCCGGAAAAGCACGUUGAAGAAUUCCAGUGGCCCCAGAGGAGUGAGACACUGUCCCAGCUCCCUACGGAGAAGCUGCCUCCUAAAAAGAAGCGUUUGCGUUUGGCAGACUUGGAGCACUCCUCUGGGGAUUCCAGCUUUGAGUCCUGCACCAGCCUGUCCAGGAGCCCCAGCCAGGAAAGCAACCUGUCCCACAGCUCCAACUUCUCUAUGUCCUUUGACAAGGAAGAAAACCUGAAGUCUGUGUCACCGACCAAGCAGGAUGACUUUGGCAAGCAGUCUGAGUACAGUGGCAACUCUCUCACCAUCCCCGGCCAUCACCAGCAGAGGGAGAUGCGACGAUCCUCAUCCGAACAGGCUCCAUGUGCUCUGGCCACCGAGAUCCCAGAGAUCCGUAGCAAGUCCUUUGACUAUGGCAGUCUCUCAACAUCAUCCAGACAGGGAGAGAUUUACUCCAGUGCAUCAGCCAUGAAAGAACGGAGAAGGGGCUACCUAGUAAGGCAGGCAUCCCUUAGCGUUUACCCUGAGACAGUGGUGCAUGAUCAAGGUGGUCUCGAAAUGACCAUCAAGCAAGAGCACUCAGACCAUGGACCUUUAUCUUGGCAGAGCCCCCCAUCCUCUCAAGGUUCUCAUGGUGCAUCAGCCAGCGAAGUAGCAAGACCCAAGAGAGGGUCACCUUAUCAUCUUCUGCAACAGAGAAUUAGUGAGGACAGCCAGGAAGAGCCAACACUGUUCCAGAAGUCAUCUUGUCUGCCAAGUCAACAGUCAUCAGAGGUAGAGCAUCCAAGUCAUGAGCUCAUCAGCCAGGAAGCCAUGCAAUACUCCUCACUCCAGAGCAGCUUGGCUUCACUGCCUUUCCUGCCAUUUCAGCCCGGCCUGUUCUGGCAUCCGGAGUCAACACAGAGACACAAGCAACAUCUGGCUUUCCAGCCACACCAGUUACAGAAACUACAUAUCAGACAACCUAGUAUACCGCACAUGCUCCAGAAAUCCCACCCACCUCAUCAUCAGCUACAGCAGAUCCAGGAGCAGUGUGACAUUAAGGCUGACGGUGCUAUCAGUCAGAACUACCAGUAUCCCUCCAGAGUCUCCCCCCAGGCCCAGCAUUACAGCUCUCCACUGUCUAAAGUGGCCCUCACCGAGAGUAAAAUGCUCCUGCAACAGGUCCAGCCAAUCUUUGCCACUCAGAAUGCAGGAUCACAGCCAUCACUCCCAGGUAUGCUAAUCCCCGUUAGGAUACAGACUCACGUGCCAUCUUACGGAAGUGUUAUGUACACAAGUGUUUCACAGCUCAUAACUAACCACAGCCAGAGCGCUUAUUCAGCAAGAGUCAUAUGCUCAGAGAAUGCAUCAUCCAAUCCACUCACAGGCGGCAGUGUUUCAAAGCACGGAGUUUGCUUCAACUUAUCUCAGAUCCUUGGUCAGCCUGAGGGAGCUCCACGUUAUCCACUCUGGAAAGUUCCAGAUCUGAACACUGAACAUGGGAGACUAAACACAGGAAUUCCGCUGUCGUUGACAUUGAGAACCAUCUCCACCACGGAUGCGUCCUCCAGUAUCGGGGCGAGCAAGCGGAUGUUAUCACCAGCCAGUAGCCUGGAACUCUUUAUAGAGACCAAACAGCAGAAACGGGUCAAGGAGGAGAAGAUGUACGGGCAGAUUGUAAAAGAGCUGAGUGCUGUCGAGCUGAGUGCUUCGAAUGACUGCGGCAAGUUACCAAAGCAUGCACCUCUAAAGAGUGAGGGUUCAAUGGAUGAUCAGGAGAGGAUGUCCUCCUCCCCACCAGCAGACUUCCCUUCCACCCAAAUCCCAGUGCGUUCCAACGCACCUCACAUACCCAAUGUGCCACCAGCUGACAGCUUCACUCCCCCUCUGCAAAUUGUGAUGGACACCCCUGGGGGCAGAGAGUCCCCAGAGGAGCUGGAUGUUGACGGCUCCUUCACCCCAGAGGCUAGCUCCAGCCCACAGUCCAUGGUCUCCUCCAGUGACACUCCAGAGGAGGCCAAGCCACCCAUGGGCAGCAAGAUCCCUGUCAACAUGCUGGUGCAGCUGGCUGCCAAUCAGAGUGGGGGCGCUGCUGGAAGCACUCUGCUGCUCACAGAUCUGGCAGACGUUCAGCAGUUCUUUCAGUUCCCCAGUCUUCGCACGGCAACCAGUGUCAGUUGGUGCUUCCUGAAUUACACCAAGCCAAACAACGCUCAGACGACUCCCCUGACUUCUGUCUACGGCUCCUGGUGCGUCAGCUCCUACAACCCCAACCCUCUCAGCCUCAGCACCAAGGCUACUCUGGCCCUGCUCCGAUCCAAGCAGAGGAAGAACACAGAAACCUACACGAUGGCUGCUAUGUAUCAACCUGGAACUGGAAAACUUGUGUCCUCUCUUGCUUGGAAGCAGAAGUUUGAGCAGAUGAAGCCAGAGCUCAUGCAGCUAGAAGUGAGCAAAUAUGGGAAGAAAAUCAAGGGGCUGAGCUCCAGGGAUCGAAUCAAGGAGGACCAUGGAGAGAAGGAGGCCUCCUUAAAGCAGGCUGAGCCCACUCGCAUCAGAAUCUUUGAAGGAGGGUACAAAUCCAAUGAAGACUAUGUUUACGUGCGGGGCAGAGGAAGAGGGAAGUACAUCUGUGAAGAGUGUGGGAUCCGCUGUAAGAAGCCAAGCAUGCUGAAGAAACAUAUCCGCACACACACCGAUGUCCGGCCGUAUGUCUGCAAGUUCUGCAACUUUGCUUUUAAAACCAAAGGAAACCUGACAAAACACAUGAAGUCGAAAGCCCACAUGAAGAAGUGCUUGGAGCUCGGGGUGUCAGUGACAUCUGUGGAGGAUGCAGACGCCGAAGAAGCUGACAAUGUCGAGGAUGGCCAGAGGGAGACUGGGAAGAUGUCAGGCAUCACGGCAGACCACCAGUUCUCAGACGCCGAUGAUUCUGAUGGUGGCGAGGAUGACGGGGAUGAGGUGGAUGACGAUGAAGAUGAUGACGACGAUUACGAUGGCGAAUCCACGCCGAAGACUCGCUCCAGAAGCACCAGCCCUCAGCCCUAUGGCAUACCAUCUCUGUCCGUCACGGACUCUCAGGGCGCCUGCUCCUCAGACCUGCUGGGCCACUGCUCCAAACCACCCCUCUUCAGCUACUUCACCAGCCUGCCCAGCAUUCAGAUCACCCAGCUCAUGGUGCCCAGUGAGGGUGCAGGCCAGGGCCAGAUGACAGAGUACCAGCAGCUGCUUCAGGGCGCCCUGGGGGAGGAUUAUAAGAGCAGGCUAGAUGUACCCAGCUCCAUGGACGAGGACUUUGGCCUUUCCCCAGCUCACAGCUCCUCAUCAUUCGACCUGUCCCUGUCUCGCCUCUCUUCCCCAGGCCUGGAGUCCUCCCCUCUCCGAGAGCCAUCCCCCACCUCCACUUCACGCAAGUAUCUCUUCCCCCGACGGGACCUGUCCCCCCAUGGCCGCCUGUCACCCCACAGAGAGGUGUCCCCUCUCAGGCACCACUCCCCCAAGAGGGAUAUCUCCUUCAGAAGGGACCUCUCGCCCCGCAGGGACCUUUCCCCCAGGAGUCACAUCUCACCCCUGUCCCACGCCGGACGACCCAUGUCACCGGGCAGAGAACUGGUGGGCAGGAGGGAGCUGUCUCCACGGAGUCGCCACCGGGGCAUGAUCAGACCUGUCUCCCCCAGGAGGGGCAUGCACCAUCACAGUGCCCCCUGGAGUCUGGGCCAGCACCUACACUCAGAGAUGGUGCCAAUGGGCCAGCGUAGCAGAAGCCACUCAGAGAUGGAGACAGAUCAGAGGAAGGGUUCCCCUCCCCACAGCAGCCAGGAGUCCACACGGCCACACCAGGGCCUGUUCAGCCACCUCCCCCUGCACUCCCAGCAGCAGGUCCGCAUCCCCUUCCCCAUGAUCCCUAUCGGGGGCAUCCAGAUGGUGCACUCCGUGGCCACCUCAGUCACCGGCCUGGCCCACCCUGCCCGCCUCCCUCUGCAGAAGAGCACGUCCGAGGAGUCUAGCACCAGUGACGUGUCCUUCCCGCUGGCCAGGGGGUCCACCAGUUCCACAGAUUCGCCCCAGUGCCAUGAAAGAAUGGAGAGGACCCCGGUUCCUUCCUCCGGCCCGUCUUUACCCAGGUCAGGAAGUCACCGGGACAGCGCAGACAUGCCUGACAACAAGGACAAUCAGCAGCAGGAGGAGAGCGUACAGACAUGUACCAAAGCUAUCGCCUCUCUCCGCAUCGCUACGGAACAUGACACUCUGGAGAAAGGCGUGGUGUCGUGCUCUUUAGAGCCCCACCAGAGACGCCUCUCCCUGCUGCCUCACCCCUGCCAUCCCCCUCACCCCAUCCCUCAGGAGAGCGCUCCCAGCAGGAUUCAGCACUUUAGUGGCCUAGAGGUUAGGCAGACCCCGGCCGGCCGCUCGGCCUCCCCUCUUCCCCUACCCUCCAGCUCCAGCUCAGAGACCUCCCUGCCGGCCACAUCAAAGGGCCCGGCGGGUCCCGCGGCAGGGCCAGGCCACCAUGUCAAGGAGAGGUCACCAGGUCGACAGGGCCCAGGGGAAAGGGCAGCAAGCACAAAGAGAGGUAAAGAUAUAUUAAAGGACUCCACAGAGAACAGGUGAACAAUGUUUAAAAAGGGAGGGGCGUGCAACGUAAAGACAUCAUACCCAUACUAUUGCACACACAACACAAGAACACAGAGAGACAGACAUUCAAACACACACACACGCAAACACAAGCAAAUUAAGUAGAUACUCUGCAGUUUCAAUGUAUGUGUAUAGCAUGCCUUUUAUAACCUGGUUUGCUAUUUUAACAAUGUAUUUCUUAUUUAAAGUUUCAGAGAAUAUACAUACAAUAUAUGUUAACUUAUCCAUGAGCCUGACCAAAUUGCUUAUGGACUCCAGUCUGGUACUUUUAAAUGUACAAAUGUGUGUGCCUUUUCUUUACUUUCUGCUUAUAUUCUUAUAAGCAUAUUAAGCAGGAAGAGAUGUAAAUAUAUAAAGUUUAUCAGCUUUGUAAUAAAUGCAAUUUCCCGUCUUUUUUGGACACUUGAGUCUGAAUGAUGUGAAGUAUCAAUAUAUGUAAGGUUGCACUAAAACAUAUUUUUAUAUGAGUGAAAUUAAAUGGCUUUUGUGUACAGCAGCAAUUCUAUAAUACUAUUUAUUGUAUCAUGUUUUAUAAAUUGUACAUUUUUCUUAAUGUUGUGUAUGCCUUUUCUAUGUAAAGCAUGGGUUUUGCUAUGGCGUAAUUAGAGCAAAAAAUAUGUACACUGUAAAAUGGCUUUAUAUGUUAGUGAAUACACUUUACUUGGAAGUAUAUACAUAUAAUAAAAUUUACAACAAUAUAUACUUAUUGUAUAAAUAUAUAUAUAUAUAUUCUAUAUAUAUAUAUAUGCACUUACAUUUUGGAUUGACACCCACAUACAGUAUGGUAGUUAGUUCUAAAUGCUUGUAGCUUUUUCUCUCCUGCUGGAUUGGCUACACUAGUUGUGAUUUUGUCAUUUUUUUACAAAAAAGUAGAACUUCUUAUUUUUUUGUUCAACAUGUGCACUUGUGCAUUUUCUUUCUUUUUGUUGUUGUUCAUCGCUUACUGAAGUAGUAGUGAAAUAUUAAAAAUAGUUUGAUCUUCUGUGAAUCAUGUUGCUUGAAGUACUUGAUUUAAUGAGUAGUAUGGGGAACAUUCCAGCAGAUGUAAUUGAAUGCCCAUUAAUCUGUGUGUGUAUAUAUAUAUAUAUAUAUAUAUAUAUAUAUAUAUAUAUAUAUAUAUAUAUAUAGUCAUACACAUUUAUACAUGGAAAGAGUUGAUUCUGGGCGAUGCCGUCAGUUCAUCCCCAAAACAUUUUUAAAGGCUUGUACACACAGAUAUCAAGAACUCUGAAGAAAUGCACCUUAUGUUCCCUAGAUUUUGGGGGUACAAUCUCAUAAUAUAUACAUUUUGGAACUGGGAUUUGGAAUCCCCAGUUGCUUGUAAAAAGCUGUGCAAAUAAACAUUCUAAAUGAAUGGGAGCAUUCAGCCAGUCACUCUUAUGUAUAUCUGUAUUUUGUAUGGUGUGUAUAAGAUCGGUGUAUUUUACUCUUUGGACAUUUUUGUCAGUAGUCCCUGGUAUUCACUUAACUGUAUUAACAUGUCUUUCAAAUCUAAGGUAUCAAAGCACAAAUCAUUGUAUAGGAAAAAAAGAGGAAAAAAAGCUAAACAUACAUAAAAAAGGGUAACUUUGUGAUGUUCAGUGGAAAGUACAAUAUCAUGUAAGACCCCAGUUUUAAUAAUGAAUCACAGUACAGGUGGGAAAAAAAGUUUUUUUUGUUAAAAAAAUAAAUAAAUAUGACUACAAUAAUAUGCAUGUC